GUCGGAAGAACGAGGCUGGCUCCGUGUGGAAUCUACGGCCGCUAAUAGCAAGACGCGGCGCAGCCGUCCGCGCUGCAGGUGUGGCCGCGCUGCCAAUAGCGGCGGGUGGCGCUCCUGGGUUGCUAAUCCAAACGGUCGGCGCGAGAUCGGCUCCUGGGCGCAGGCGUCGACGGGCCGCCGGGACGAGUUGCAGGAGUCGGGGCUCGGGAGAGGCUCUGCGGGUCUCUCUAGGCGGCCUCCCCAGCCGGUCUUGGCUUCGGGGUUCUUUGCUAGGCGGCGGCUGCGGGAGCCCCGGGAAGCUGGCGAGGUUGCAGCGUGUGCAGGUGAAAAUUUUGAUUAUUUUGAAAGCUGGAACUGAAUAUAAUGUUAAAUAAUGGCAAUGGCAACGGGUGACUUAAAAAGAAGCCUAAGGAAACUAGAACAAGUACUUCGCUUGCUCAAUUACCCCAAUGAGGUGGAUUGUGUUGGUUUGGUGAAGGGUGACCCGGCAGCCUCCCUGCCCAUCAUCAGCUAUUCCCUCACCUCCUAUUCGCCCUACAUAGCAGAGCUGCUGCUGGAUGCCAAUACAGAAGUCCUUGCCAAGAAUGACUUGUCCUUUGUCGAUUCUGUUUACAAGCUUCUUCGUGAUCAGUUUAAUUAUAAGCCAAUCUUGACGAAAAAGCAGUUUUUGCAGUCUGGAUUUGCAGAAUGGAAAAUCCAAGUUAUCUGUGAUAUUUUGAAUUGUGUGAUGAAAAAGCAUAAGGAGUUGGCUGGUUUUGAGAAGAUCCCGACCCAACAAAGAAAAAAAAUCAGUUCCAGUAAGCCAGAACCUUCAAAUACCUGUGAGAAAUCAUCUUCAGAAUCUGUUGGCAUUGAUAUCACGGGCAGGUUUUUGACUUCAGGAAAGAAGCAAGUGGUGGUGAUCCGUCAUUUGUAUAAUGAAGAUGGUAGUGAUGUUCCUGAUGACUCCUUGACUACCAUAGUGAAUGCUGACAAAACAUUUGAUAUGAAUGACUCAAAACCUUCUGAAAUAAAGAAACCUGAAGCUGAGGUCUCUGAAGUCAGUGUUGACCUAGAAGAUUUAAACAUUAAUGCAAAGAUUACAGCACUGCAGACUACACUUACCAAUUGCCAAGAGAAGCUUAAUAAACUGACAUGUCUUGAGAGCAGAUUAAACUCUUUGGAAGAAAAACUGCAAGGAACAGUGGUGGUGAACGAAAAGUCCUGGGCGAAUCUUUUGAGUCGUGUCACCCUUCUUGAAACCGAGCUGCUUUUGUCUAAAAAGAAGGAUGAAUCUGCGAAGUGCAAUGGAAUGUGUGAAAACCCUGCUUCUAGUGGUGAUGUGGAAAAUCAGAACCCAGUUUCUUCAAAAAAUACAACUUCGAAGAACAUAACUGUUCCUUCCUGUGGUUUGAGCAAUUUUUCAGAGGAAACAUCACUGCAGAAGAUGGAAAGGAUGAAGAAAAUGUUUGAAGAAACUGCAGAGUUACUAAAAUGCUCAAAUCACUAAUUCUAGAACUUGCUGCAUAAACUUCUGUAGGUCUUUGAUUUCUGUAUGUGUUGUACAUUUUAAUAUACUGCAAUAUUUUUAUUAAGAAUUUGUAUUUCAUUUAGUACAUGAGCUUUUCUACUCAAUAGUGAAUAAAUAUGACAUAUCUUUGUGGCAUGA